GGAGAGCAUCCGUCCGACAGCCGUCGUUGUUCGUUAUCAGUAGGUCAUAAGCCGGCCAGCUGACAGGAUGCAUCUGCUAAGUUCGUUCUUGACUUGUCUCAUCGCCAUCAAUUUGGUGAUCGGAGAUCGAUUAAAUAUAUGUCAGGAUCAGUUUAAGCUACGAGAAGGAUUCUAUGUGUACAAUACCGGCUGUCAGAAUUUCGAAGAGGCCGAUUUGGCUGCCGCCAAUUUUAACGAGGAUCGCGAAGUGUGGAUUCGAAAUGGAACGAUUGAAGAUAUCGGUCGGCUGCUGAACGGUAGUUUAUACAAUAUCACCAACCUCAAAAUAACUAACAUGGCUGCCGAGGGAAGUACACCGAUUGUGGUGUUUCCAAUCGAAUCGGCUCGCUUUUCCAUUCUGGAUUUGGAAAAUGACGGGAUUGAACGGCUGAAUAUCAGCGAGGCCGAUUAUCGUCUAACCCAUUUGGAUGUGCGGAAAAAUAAACUGACGGAUUUGAGUAGUGUUUCGCUGUUGAAGAAACUGCAGUCCCUCAAGGCGGACAAUAAUGCAAUUGAAAAUGUUUCGUUGGAUGAUUUCCAAGAUCUGGAGGACUUGGUUGUGCUUUCGUUAGCAAAUAACAGGAUUCAGAGCAUCAAUGCAACCAAGGAGAUCGCUCUGCUGAAACUUCGUUCGUUGGACAUAUCCAGAAAUCAGCUGACCAGUUUGGACGUUUCAUUGUGGCAGUUUCCGCAGCUGGGUACCUUCUAUAUGCACGACAAUUUGAUAACCAACAAAAUUCGCGGUUUGCGAGGAAAAUUUCCAAAGGCCUGGGAGAUCGCCAUGGGCGGUAGCAACAACUGGGACUGUGAUUGGUUCGAUCGACUGGUGGCGUUCCUGAAACAGGACAGACAAUUUGCGAUGCAAAUGUUCGGUGACGAACCCAACUGCCCGGAUCAGUCCAGAAUGGACGGUUUUAUUUGCUGCCAAAACUCAACUAAUCAAGUGAAUAAUUAAUGUAGUAACUAUCGAUAAUAAAGCGCCUUCGACCGAAUCCACAGGUUGGUAUU